ACGUCCCUUAUCCAUAAAGCUCUUUGAAGAAAUAUCUUCUGAUUCCAACGGAUUACUCAGUCACACAAAAGUUGAAUAGCCUUUCUUCUUCCCCACUAAUUAACACUCAAAUUCUCUUAAUAACUUCUUCUUCCAACCAGCUCAUAAUUCUUGCCUCUAUUGACCUGAAAGUUUGAGGUUUCUUCUUUUCCAAACAUGGCGGCUCUUCCUGUGGGUUAUCACUACCACACCAGAGGGGGACCCAUAACUGAACUCAGAAGCAGAAAGAGCGCCAGGAUUCUGAUUCUACAAUCCUACCAGAGCAGAGGACCUGUGAAUGAAUCAAAUUCUCAAGAGAAGAAAAUAAUGGGAUUGGGAGAGAAAUUGGGGUUUCUGAAACUGUUGAACAGUUUUGAGAAUCUUGGGAAGAGGGUGAAGCAGAAUCUGAGCCCACAGCAGAAGGGUGAUUGGAAAGACUUGUUGCUUAUGAGUUUAUCUUUUGCUGUUUAUGUGUAUAUUUCCCAGAAGCUAGUCUGUGCUUAUUGUGCUUGGACUUCCAUCCCCAAACAACCAUGGUAGUUUAGUUGUUGCUUCUUUAUCUUUAUAAUCAGAUUCGAAGUCAUUUUCUAUCUCAGGAAGGAAGAAAUAUGAUCUUAUUUAUUCCCUUUUGCUGCUAUA